UUUCCAUAACUGUGUGAUGUUGUUAAAGCUUCGGCGGGAACAGCCAUGGCGUCUCUGACCCCCGGCGUUCUCUCCAAGCUCAUAGAAAAUGCCGGUAACAAGGACUUCAAAGUCACCGGCCAGCACCGGUCACCUCUACUCCAAGUCCUCGAGAUCCUCCCGUCUCUUCCCGGUGCCGGUGACGACCAGAACGACCCGUGGCGGAGCCGGGGCUUCUUCUUGAAACUCUCCGAUUCUCUUCACGCCGCCUACGCCGCCCUCUCCGACGCCGACGUGGACUUAAUUUACAGCGACAAGAUCCAGCUCGGCCAGUUCGUCCACGUCUCCCGGUUCGACCCGGCCGGGUCGGAUUCUAGGGUUCCCAUUCUCCGCGGGUUGAAACCCGUUUCCAGAAGAAGGCCCUGCGUCGGAAACCCCACUGAUUUGGUCUCCAGCGACGCGCUCCCUAUUUCACGCGCCGCCGCCCCCAAGCGACCGGCGAAGUCGAAGCCUCUGGCUAAGAAGGUGGAGCCGAGGAGGUUGAGUUUGGACUCGGCGCGGCGGGGGUGGGACCAGGGACCUCCGCCGUCCGCCGCCGUCAAGACCGCCGGUUCACCGCCCAAGGCUCCGAAGUUUUCGCCUAAGACGAGGACGGAAGUUGGGCGGAAAGAUGGGAAAUCACCGGCGGCGGAAGCGGUGGGAAGUCGCUCCGUUCCGGUGGCCGUGGAUUUGAAAACUGGGUUUGAGAAGAAGAUAGCGUGGAAGGCGUUGCCGUCGACGAUGGCCGUUGCCGGAAAGAGAGCUGUUGAAAGUCGAAAUCUUGCAUUUAUGGGAGCAGUUUAUGCAUUGGAAGAAGCAUCAGCUGCUGAAGCCGUACUCCAUUGCAUGUGCUUAUUUGCAGAACUCUGUGAUUCUUGGAAGCAAGUUUCUGCUGGUUCAUUGGCAGAGCAAUUUCUACAACUCUAUCAGAGAAUCCAACAAGCACACUCAACCUUAAAUUCCUUACUCAACAAAAUCCCGUCAGCUCAUAAGAACAACAAUGCUACUUCAUGGAUUCAGGCUGCCAUUGCCACAAAUCUUUCCAAAUUCAGUUUGUUCGAGACAAAAGACAAGCUCGAAACGCAAACCCGAGGCAGACAACUCUACAUCGUUGUCGAGAAUGCUACGACGAAACUCGAUUUCGAAAACGAUUCCCCUAAACCAAGCCCCACGAACCGCAAAAACCAUCCAUCCAAUUCAAGAACUAAGCUCUCACAUUCUUCCAAAAGGGAAGAGUGGUGCAAAGGGAGUGGUUUGCAAGAGGCUGCAGAACUAGCAAAGGAACUUCUCUCGGUUUCCCGCAGAUGGUUCGUGAAGUACUUGGAGGAUCUUCUCGGCAACGGUUUUGGGAUAMCCGGAGGGGAAGAGGGCGCCGAGGUUGCGCAUCUUCUUAGGCAGCUCAAAAGGGUAAACCAAUGGAUGAAUGAGCUGACCGAAAGCGAAGUCGAAAUCGAUCAUCGUAUGGAGCAACUGAGGAAGAAACUCUACAAGUUCCUUCUGGAUCACGGCGACGUUGCCACUCGCUCGAGUCAAGUAUAGAUACAACCUUGAAAGAUCGCG